AUGCAGGUCGGAUUCCGCCCGAGGCUGCGGGCUCGGCCGUCUCUGGUCGAGUUACUGGCCCGGGGCAAGCAACAAGACGACGAUGGAACCUACUUGCAGGUCCCAGGCGAGCUGGAUCUGGAUGUGGACUUGGACGUGGACGCUACAGGCGCUGGCGGUCCUUCAGCGACAGGAGGCGGCGGCCUUAACACUGACACAGCAGGCACGGGCCCCGGUCAUACAUCAUCGGGUCCACUCUCGCAUGCGCUACGUGAGGCGUGGGCUGGCCGCACCAAUCCCAUUGCCAGCUGGAGUGCCCCGGCCAGACAUGCACGGGAGCCGCAGCCGCACCGAAGCAGCCAAGUGGACGUCGAAGCUCUGGCAAUAGCUUCUGCUCAACCUCUACCAUCAUCUCCUCCAACAACACCUCGUCAAACGCCAUCCAACCCUCCCUCCCCUUCAACCCCGGACGCUCUCCCCGCAUCGACCGACCUUCUUCCUGUGACAAUAAUCCACGAGCCGAGCCCUGCUCGCGUCCAGACGUCCACCAUGCCUCCUAAGCAGAAGAAAGACAGCAAGGACGAUGAGUCUCACACCGGCAAGAUCUUCUCGGUCUCUGGACCCGUCAUUGUCGCCGAGGACAUGAUUGGUGUUGCCAUGUACGAGUUGGUCAGAGUCGGUCACGAUAACCUGGUCGGUGAAGUCAUUCGUAUCAAUGGCGACCAAUGCACAAUUCAGGUUUACGAGGAGACUGCCGGUGUCACUGUCGGUGACCCCGUCGUUCGCACCGGAAAGCCUCUGUCCGUCGAGCUCGGCCCCGGUCUGCUCAACGGUAUCUACGACGGUAUUCAGAGACCCCUCGAGAAGAUUAGCGAAAUGUCCAAGACAAUUUACAUUCCUCGCGGUAUCGCUGUUCCCGCUCUCGACCGUACGAAGAAGUGGGAAUUCGUCCCCUCCCUGAAGGUUGGAGACCACAUCUCUGGCGGUGACGUUUGGGGUACCGUCAACGAGAACUCCUUCAUUUCCACCCACAGAAUCCUGUUCCCUCCCCGCGCCCGCGGUACCAUUACCAAGAUCGCUAGCAAGGGCAGUUACACCGUUGAGGAGAACCUCCUCGAGGUCGAGUUCGACGGCAAGAAGACCGACUACCCCAUGAUGCAGUCGUGGCCUGUGCGAGUUCCCCGUCCGACCACCGAGAAGCUUCAGGCAAACGAGCCCUUCGUCGUCGGUCAGAGAGUGCUGGACGCUCUGUUCCCCGGUGUCCAGGGUGGUACCGUUGCCAUUCCUGGUGCUUUCGGUUGCGGCAAGACUGUCAUUAGUCAGUCCGUGUCCAAGUUCUCCAACAGCGAUGUCAUCGUCUACGUCGGAUGCGGUGAGCGCGGUAACGAGAUGGCCGAAGUCUUGAAGGAUUUCCCCGAGCUCACUAUCGAGGUCGACGGCCGCAAGGAGCCCAUCAUGAAGCGCACCACCCUUAUCGCCAACACCUCCAACAUGCCUGUCGCUGCCCGUGAGGCUUCCAUUUACACCGGUAUCACCGUCGCCGAGUACUUCCGUGAUCAGGGUCUGAACGUCGCCAUGAUGGCUGACUCCUCUUCUCGAUGGGCAGAGGCUCUCCGUGAAAUUUCCGGUCGUUUGGGAGAGAUGCCUGCUGACCAAGGUUUCCCUGCGUACCUCGGUGCCAAGCUCGCCAGUUUCUACGAGCGUGCCGGCCGUGUCAAGUCUCUCGGCUCCCCUGAGCGCAAUGGCAGUGUCAGCAUUGUCGGUGCCGUCAGUCCCCCUGGUGGUGAUUUCUCCGAUCCCGUCACCACAUCCACCCUCGGUAUCGUACAAGUUUUCUGGGGUCUCGACAAGAAGCUCGCCCAGCGCAAGCAUUUCCCCUCCAUCAACACCUCGCUCAGUUACUCCAAGUACACCAUGGUCCUCGACAAGUGGUACGAGAAGGAGUACCCUGAGUUCCCCCGCUUGCGUGACCGCAUCAAGCAGCUUUUGUCUGACUCCGAGGAGCUUGACCAGGUCGUGCAGCUGGUCGGAAAGAGUGCGCUGUCUGACCCCGACAAGAUCACUCUGGAUAUCGCCGCUCUUCUGAAGGAGGACUUUUUGCAGCAGAACGGUUACUCAGACUAUGACCAGUUCUGCCCUCUGUGGAAGACUGAGUGGAUGAUGAAGUUGAUGGUUGGUUUCCACGACGAGGCGCAGAAGGCCAUUGCCCAGGGACAGAGCUGGGUCAAGGUUCGUGAGGCCACCUCCGACCUGCAGUCCAAGCUGCGUCAACUCAAGUUUGAGGUUCCCACCGACGGAGAGGACGCCAUUACUAAGAAGUAUGAGGAGAUCCAGCAGCAAAUGCUGGACAAGUUUGCCUCCGUUGUUGACGAGUAA